AUGUAACCAAUAAGGCCUUCUUCGGCAAGUUAAACAUUACCAAAAGUGGAUCAAAAGAGUACAGCAAGGAAAAAAUCAACUUAUUAAUCACUUUUUCAACCAAUAAUAAAACCAUCUGCUUUAUUAAUUGAAACUCCUGACUAACAAUUAAAGAAAACUUAAGUAUUGGAAUUAUUAGGAUUCUAUGAAAAAUGUACUAUUGAUAUUAAGAGUAGAACUAAUGGCUGUAAAAGGAACAAAUCAGGAAAAAAGUGAAGUGGAUGGUAUCUUUAAACGAUUAAACACAUUUGCAACGACAUAAAUUGAAAAGCUUGGAUUUCAUGAUACAAGUAUAUUGAUUCUACAAUGGAUUAUUCAACAUAAAUCAUAUGAGGAAAUUCCAACAUAAAUGUAUAUAUGCACCCUCUUAUUUUUAUAGUUGUUUAGCUUAUAACAAUUUAAGUUGUGUUUAUCGUAGAAUGGGAUAAACACAGUUAGCAUUAAAUGCUUUAGAGAAUGCUUUACAAUUAAUUCAGAUGUAUGAAUAAAUAAAAAUGGAAACAAUAACAUAUUUGAAUAUUACAUCUGUUUUAAGUUCAAUGAAUAUGUAAAAAUAAUUUGUUAUUUUAAAGGCAUGAUAAAGCAUUGAAGAAUUCCUUAAAAGCUAUUCAAUCAGGCAAGAAAGAAUUUGAUCCUAAUCAAAUUGAAACUGUUAAAUAUUUGGCUAUGGCUAAUUUUAACUAUGGAUGUGAAUUAGAAUAAUUAGAUCGUUUAGAAGAAGCUGUAAAAUAAUAUAAAAGAGCAUUAUAAUUUGUUCUUGAACAUUUAGGUAAUCACGAUCCUUUUUUUUAAAAAUUUCAUAUGAAACAUCAUUAAGCAAAGUAAAAAUUAAUAGUUUAAAUGAAUUAACAAUAACCAGGUCUAUUUAAGACAGUAUUAUAAUUAAAGAAAUAAUAUGAAGUUCCAACAGAUGAGAGUUAUUAAUAAACAACUCCUUUGUGUUAAACUAAAAAAUUUUCAAUGUUAAAGAAAAAUAAUUAUAUGGAGGAUUAGAAUUAUUAAAGAGAUAGUAGUGAAACAAUAAAGAAAGGAAUGACAGAUGAAGAAAUGUUUUAAGAUAUAAAAUUCUAGAAACCUAUAGAAAAGAAAGAAGAAAAAUAAUAAUAAUUGAAUUUUAAAUAACAAUAAGAUGAGAUUCAAUCAAGAAAACAAAGUUAGGUAAUUAAUAAGAAGAUGAAUCAGAUUGAAUAGAUAUAAUUAGAAGCAUGGUCUAAUUCAGAACCAUCAGAUACAGAGAUUAAGAAAUAAAGAAUUAAUGAGAAAUCUCCAGAAUUAAAGGUAUCAUCUGUUAAAAUUAAUACAAAAGAUUAAAGAUUAAAUUUUUUAAAUAAAUAAAAUAUAUCUAAAUAAAAAGUUGAUGAUAAUUUAUUGGAGAAAGAAUAAUAAAUUAUAAGAGAAAUAGAGGAAUAAAUAUAUAAUGCAGAAAGCAUUGCAAAAAUUUAAGCUUAAUUUAGAAUGAAGAAGGAGAGAAAGAAGUUUUAUUGUCUUAAAAAAGCUAAAAAAGAUUAAGGAGAAUUAUUACCUUCUGAUGAAUUGAAACUAAAAUAAUUUUAGAGAUUCAUAAAAAGAAAGUUAAAUGAAUUGAAAAUGAGAGAUAUUACAAAAAAAAUAGUUUAAAAAAAUAAAUUAAAGAAAUUUCCUAAUACUGAAAAUUAAGCUUAUAAACGAAUUAUAUCUUUAUUAGAAACAUAUAAAGCUUAUAAAAGAAUGCUUUUACAUAAAUACAUAAUAAGAACAAGAUAAUUCUAAACUUUGAGAUAGAGUUAUUGUCAUCCAAAAUAGAUGGUUAAUGAGAAAAUUGAACCAUUUAGAGAUUCAUAUAUUUUUACAUUUGGUAUAACGAAUGAUGAUUCAUUUGUACGUUUUUCAUUAGUAAAUGGAGUAAAAAAUAAGAGAAAAGAAUAAUAAUAUUAUUUUGAAAUGGAUAUUUAAAGUUUUUUAAAGUCUCUUGGAUUAUUGCAUUAAUAUAUUGAAGAAUUAGAAUGCUUUAUAAUUGAAGAGAAUUAAUUAUUAAAGAAUUUAAAGAAUUUAUAAACAGUGGCAUAAUAAUUUAUAAUAAUGAAUGAGGUUGAUGGGAAAUAUGUAGUAAGAUGUUUAACUGAAUUUUAAACAUAGUUUAGAUUAGCACUUUAGAGAACAGCAGUUAUAUUACAAGAACUUAUUUUAGUUGAUAAUAAUAAGCUUUAUAUUUAAGGAAUAAAUAAUUUUGAAUAUAAUGAUGUGGUUCCAUAUGAAGAAGAAAUUAGAGUAGUUAGACCUCCUCUUUACACUAAGAAUUUGAGUGAAAAUGAAUUAAGUUCUAUAAAAUUCAUCUAAUCAUUUAUGAAAGGGUAUUUACAAAGGAUUAGAGUAUAAAAAUGGGUAAAUUAAAAGUAGAAACAAAUAUAUUCAACAAAUUUAAUAAAAACUGUGACUGGACAUUAUUUAAAAAUUGUUAAAGCAUAACAUUUAUAAAAUAAGAAACAUUAUUUAUAUAUAAUAAAUUAAGAAACAUAAAAGAAAUCAAAUGAUUUAGAAAUUAAAUAGAUAGUAUUUUAAAAUAUGGGAGAAAUAAGUAGAGAAAAUUUAUUUGAAAUAUUGAAAAUAGAUUUAGAUGGACCAAGUAUAGAAUAUAGUGAUGAAGCUAAUUAUUGGAUAUAAAAAUAGGAAGAUUAUUAAAAAAGAGGUGGUAAGGAAACAUAUUCAAAAAUAAAUAAAGAUGAUUCAAUUGUAUUAAUUUAAAGAGCAGUUUUACAUUAUUUAUUAAAAAGAAGAUGUACAAUUAAGAAAAUUAAUAAAACAAAAUUCAAUAAUAGUGAUUAAAAAAAUAUAGAAAGAGAAAUUUUGGUUAGAAGAGCAAUAAUUUAUGGAUCAGAUAUGAAUUAAAGGGCAUGUUUAACUACAUUAUAUUUAGAAAUAGAAAGAACAGAUCCAACUACAUCUUUAAUGGGUUAAAGUGAAUAUUAAAGUGUAUUGAUAACUUCAAAGAAUUUAGAACAUGUUUAUGCAUUUGAUAAAUGUGUUCCAUUUUAUUAGAAAUUAUUUUAUCCAUUAUCUAGAACAGAAAUUAUAACAGUAGCAUAAAGAAUGGUUGAAGUUUCAAGAAUAGUGAAAAAUAAAAAGGGAGAACCUAAAGUUGAAUGUAAAAGUGUUGAUUAAGUUCAUGGUGAGAUAUUAUCAAAAUAAGGAGAAGAGGAUGAUGUUAAUUAAAAGAAAGAGAAUACACUUGAUGCAAGAUUGAAGAUUGGAUCUACAUUAAGGGAUAAAUAUUUAUAAUAAUUUGUAUCAUGUUUAGAAGAGGAUCCAGAAAUGAAAUUAAAUCAUUAAGCUGAAGAUAAUAAAUAAAAAAACUUUGUUUCUGCACUUUAGAAUGUUUUUAGAGAUUUUAAAGUUAGAUUAGCUUAAAGAGUUAAGAUAACAAAACAUGUUGAUGAAGAAGAUGAAGCAUCAAUCAAAGCUUAUGUAUAAAAUGUUUUACCUACUACAGAAUAUGGUACUAAUCCAAAUUUAUUUAAUGAUAUUAAUUAAGAUUAAUUAUCAGAUGUUAAAUCUUAACAUUCACUUAAAGAAGAUUUAGAUUUUGUGGCAGAAUUUAAUAUCACAUUAUUAGAUAGUUUAUUCAAAUUGUAGAUAUUCUAUUAAAUGAGUUAGUAGAUAUUUAUAGUUCAUGGAUAGAGUAUUUAUACUUCCAAAAUUUAUAAAUCAUCAAUACUAAAAUCAGAUCUCAUUAAUAAUUAUGAUAUUCCAUAUAAUUAUAUCAAAGAUAAUUCUUAGAAUAUUAUUUUACCACUUAUUGAUUUUUAAGAUGAAAAGAUUAUAUUUUCAAAAGAUGAAAUUAAAUUGCAAAAAAUUGUAGAUGAUUAUUUAGCUUUUGAAUUUAAUGAUGAUAAAUCAUCAAAAAAAGGAGUCUCUAUUGAUCAUGGAAUAGAAGAAAUACCUCCUGAUUAAAUUACUGAUAAAGUAGUAAUUGCCAUUUAUUAAAAAGGUACAAGUACUAUAUUCUAUGAAUUUCAUAGAGAAUAUAUGAUUGUUAAGAUAAUUAUUCAUUUUAAUAAUACUAAUGAAAAAAGAGUAGUUGAGAUUGAUACACACUAAUUUUAAUCUAAAUAUGUUGAUGAAAGAAUAAAAGAUUUAAAUAAUAAAUAAGUAAUCAGAUUCUUUAAAGAAUUUACUCGUACAAUUACAAAGGUAAUUACAAUUAAUGAAAAAGAACAUACUCAUAAUUUUGAAGAUUUAAGAGGAGAUUUAUCUUUGUUUUUAAGAGAGAAGUUUGUUUAAAAGAUAUAAGGAAUGUUAAUGGUAAAAAGAAUGGUUGAGAAAUUCAAAUUAUAUAAAUAAUUAAAACGUUCAAAAUUACAUAUACAUAAAUUCAUUGUUAAUAGUGGUUAACAUUAUAUUGAAAUAUCAUAUUUCCUUAUUAAAUAAUCUAGCAAUCUCUAAUUAACUAUGAGAGAAUUGACAUUUGUGACUCCUUAGGGUCAUCUAGUAGAGAGAAGUAAAACAUUAAAGAGUAAAAGAAGAUUGAGAGAAAAAUAGUUUUUAAUUAAUUUAGAAAAAUUAUCAUAAUAAAGUGAUUAAUUAAUUAAUUCAUAAUCUAAAAGAUAGGAUUAAUUAGAUCUUUAGAGAAUUGAUUUUUAAAUUCUCUCUAAAUAUGAUUAAAUGAAAACUAUCUAAUAUUAUAGAUCAUUGAUGACUCCUUUAAUUUCUAUAAUUUAGAAGAAUCUUGUUAUUAAUUUCAAUAAAUUUCAAUUUUCAUUGACUCUUCCAAUAAUUAUGAUAGAAAGUCAUAUAAUGAAAAAGAAAAAGAAGAAUUAUUCACAUGAAACUAAAUUCUAAUUAAUGACAUAUGCAGUAAUAGCAGCUUAAUCUUCUUUUAGAAAGAAACUGUUAAAGAAAUGGUUGUAAACUAAAUUAGCCAGAAAAAGAUAAAUAGAGGAAAAAAAUAAACAUUUAGGAGAGUUUAUAAAGAGAUCUUUUAAACAAAUAAGAGAGGAUGAUGAAGGUCAUUAUUAUAUUAUUAAUGUUUAUAAAUAACCUGGAAAAAUAUCAAAUCAAACAAUAUAUACUUUUGAAUUAAUACCAAUAAAUAAAAGUUAGAGGAAGACAAAGAUGAGAGCUUCUUAUUCUUAUGAUAAUUUUUAAUUGAUAGAUGUAGGUUCAUAAUCAUUGGCAAAUCAUUUUAUCAAUAAAAUUUAUAUUGAAAAAGGAAUAAUAAAAUUUGAUGAAUAUUCAUUUUAAAAUGUUUAAGAUGAAGGUGUUUCAACAACAUUUGAUGAAAAUCUUUAACAUGAAUAAUAAAAUAUUAAUGUUGAUGAAAAGAUGAUAGAGAAAGAUGCAUAAGAAAUAUUAAUAGAUUAAGAGAAAUAAGGAAAUACUCUAAUCAAUAUUGUAUACACAAAUUCAAAAUAAUUAUUAGAUAAAAAAUCAUAUGAUGAUUCUUAAAAUAAUGUUACUAAAUUGUAAGUUGAUUUAUAAAGUAUUAAGAAAUUGUAUCCUAAUUUUAAUGUAAAAGAUCCAAAUACUGUAAAGAUUUUAAGUUAGAAUUUGAGAAAAGGUGUAAAAAUGGAUUAAUUUGCAGGAAGUCUUAUGAUUGAUAAAAGUAGAAUUUAAUCAUCUUUAAUUAAUCCUCUUAGUGUUGGAGUAUAGAGAUUAGAAUCAUAAAAUUAUAUAUAAUCAUAAUAUUAGAUUUCAUCAAAUAUUAAUAGAAGUAUGAGAUUAUCUUAAAGACCUUAUGCUACAAAUGUACUUGCUAAAGAAACAAUGUAUUAUACUGGUAAGAAAUAUUUGAUUGUGAUAAGUUAAGUGAAAAAUAAGAUUUAAAAGAUCUUAAAUUAAGAUAGAGAUUCAGUAUUUGAAGAUCAUGAAAGAAUAUUAGAGAUUAAAGCUCAAAAUUUAAAAGAGAGAUAGGAACCAUUCUCUUGGUAUUUAACACCUGAUGAUGCUGAAAUAUUGACUCAUGAAAAGAGUCCUGAGAAUAUGGCUAAGGUUCUAACUAAAAAUUUAUAAAUAAUAAAUUCUAAAUUCAUUUAUUUAUGUUUUAAUUAAUAGGAUUAAUAAAGAGUUAAAUUGAAACCUGAUGAUAAUGUAAUAUUAUUUGUUGAAAGUACUAUAAGACCUAUGCAAACAAAAUUUAGAAAUAGAAGAAUCUUUUCAAAUUAUAAAGAAUAUAGGAAGACAUUGACUAGAUCAAGGGCUGAUGGAACAUUAAUAUUACAUUUAGCAAAUAAUUUAAAUACUACAAAAAGAAUGUUUGUAAUAUUGUUUAUUGAAGAAAAGGAAUCAUCUAUUUAAUUAAAAAGUUGGGAUGCUACUGAAUAGAUGUAUUUUUGUGAAACUGAAUUAUAAUUAAAAAAGGUAAAUAUAAUGAUUAUUAAUAUAAUUAGUAUCAAUCAAUAUAUUUUUAAGAUAAAUAGAAAUGUUUGAAAGCUCUAUUAAAUUUUUUAGAAUUUAGAAGUGAAUAGAAUAAGAUAUAAUUUUUACAUCCAAAACCAGAAUAAGUUUAGGAUUAUUUUGAGAAAGAAAAGAAAUUAUCAAUACAUUCAUCAUCUAAAAUUGGUUCACCAACAAAAUCAGUUGAUUAAAAUAAUGAAUAAUAAAUGAAAUUCUUUUAAUAAGAACAUACACCAAUGUAAUCACCUAUGAUAGCAAUUGAAAAUUUAGAUGACGAUGAAAUUUAAGAAGUAUAAGAAGAUGUUAUUUAAUAAUGA